GACUUGGAGGGCAGCAGUACCAGUCACACUUUGUCAGUUUGCUCUCUCUCUCUCUAACUCACUCCCCCUCUCCCUCCUCUCUUUCUCUUUGUCCCUCCCUCUCUCUCCAUAUCUCUCCCUCGACUGCUGUCCUGGCCCUUCUCUCCAUCAGGACAGGGAGAGCUAGCAAGCUGUCCUCUGCGGUGAACGGGACUUGGCGUCCACACUGGCAUCCAUUAGCCCGCUCUGAGGAGAACAGGACAUUUACCACAGCAACGACGAGGUGAUUGUGUAGUGGUACCACAGGGGGAAGCUAGUCAAAAUGCUUCAGGACAUUGGUGCUAGAGCCAUGGAGGUCUACGAAUUCCUCUUGAAGGGAACAGACCCGCGAUUGUGGGGCUACCCACUCAUGCAGAGUCCGGUGAACAUGACGGCCAUCUUGCUGACCUACAUCUUCUUCGUGCUAGUCGCUGGGCCUCGCUUCAUGGCCAACCGCAAGCCCUUCCAGCUCAAGGAGGCCAUGAUCGCCUACAACUUUACCAUGGUGGCGAUGUCAACCUUUAUUGUCUAUGAGUUCUUGAUGUCUGGCUGGGCCACAACAUACACAUGGAGAUGUGACGCAAUUGAUUACUCAGACAGCCCCCAAGGCCUUAGAAUGGUUCGAGUGGCCUGGUUAUUCUUGUUCUCCAAAUUCAUUGAGCUCUUGGACACGGUAAGACUUCAGAUUAUUUCCCUUAGAUUUGGUGUCUCUCCCUCUGUUCACAUUGAGGUGAUCAUCGCUGUAUUUGACCUUCCACUCUUUGGGUCAGGUGUUCUUCGUUCUGAGGAAGAAACAUGGCCAGAUCACCUUCCUGCACGUCUUCCACCACUCCUUCAUGCCCUGGACCUGGUGGUGGGGCGUCAGCUUCGCUCCCGGUCAGUCCACACUACUGCCUGGCCUUCUACGAGUCAACUGGAAUACUAGUUCAACUUUUGACAUUUAAAAAAGAAAACAUUUAUCGUCAUGUUACCGCCUGGUAUUGUAAUACUGGGUGUGUGAAAUGUUGGGAAGACAAUUCCACUUGAAGUAGACAAACUAUUGGAGGAAAUUGAGCCUUUUCAAUUAAAGUGUAGUAGUCCAAAGGUUCAUGCCUUCUAAAAUUGUGUUUGUGUUACCCGUGAUGACAUGCUUACCCCAGAAGGAAUCCCGAAACAAAAUAAAUGACUGUCAUGUAUUAGCUGUUAAUACAGACCACAAACUGCUCAUCACCCAUUCAUUCAUGAAUUUAAAGAAACUCUUAGUAGAAAGGUAUUUUGUUGGUGGAUCCAGUGGAAUGUGGGCAGGGUUGGUUUGAAGUGUUCUGUGUGUUUUACCCCAGGGGGAAUGGGCUCUUUCCAUGCCAUGGUGAAUUCCAUCGUCCACAUCAUCAUGUACUCCUACUACGGCCUGUCUGCGGCUGGACCACAAUUCCAGAAGUUCCUCUGGUGGAAGAAGUACAUGACCGCCAUCCAGCUGGUUCAGUUUGUGAUGGUGUCCCUUCACGCCACCCAGUAUUACUUCAUGAAGAGCUGUGACUACCAGGUCCCCCUGUUCAUCCACCUCAUCUGGAUGUAUGGCACCUUCUUCUUUGUGCUCUUCUCCAACUUCUGGUACCAGGCUUACGUAAAGGGCAAGAGGUUGCCCAAGCAGGAUACCAAGCCCAGCCUCAAUGGCAAGGCCAACGGGACCACCUUGGUCGCCAAUGGUAAAUACCAUGAGAACAGUACCAGCAAUGGCACCAGCAACAGUUCCAGUCACCACAAAAAUGGCAGUGCCCAUGCGGGCAAGAUGAAGAAGUCCUAGGAUCUUCGGAAAAGAACACCCAAGACGCAUGAACAUGAGAUCCCGCACAAACUACCAUGGAUUCCAAAGAAUGUUUUGGUUAUGUUUAUUUUCUGAUCGUUAAGUUUUAUUCCGCACAACAACCCGGGGAAAUGACGUGGUCAAUGAUUUCCUCAGUUGGGGCCCCACAUUAACCGUUUUUUUCUUUAUACUGGGAAACUAACUAUGGAACACAAUGUAUGAAGAGAAGACAUGUUAUUAUGACCUAAUGUUAUCUUCACUGAUGUUGCCAAUGAAGACAGUUCCCAUGAAAGGUUACAUACUGUACGUACAUGUGCGCACAAACACUCCUACACCCACUACUCACCUGUCGCCAUCCGAUCAUGUCCCUCUGACCCCCUGUGGACAGAUGACACUGUACAGUUUCUAUCAUCAAACCUGAACACACCUUUGUAAAUAGUUUUACUGUCAAAAACAACUAAUGAUAUUGGUAUGCUUUAGAAUUUUGUUACUUUAUCUAUGUUAAAUUAAAUACCAAUAAAUUACAUUUUAAGUAA